ACUUGGUCGUAGCAAAGUUCGCCUUCAACGACACGACAAGAAAAAAAAAAGGCCAUUCGUUCUCAAGAAGGCAUUCCUCAAUUCGUUCACAAGAGGGAAAGAAAAUUUUCGAGUUUCAUUUCUGUCCAUAUACCAUUCUGGUUAGUUCUUGCAUUCGAAUCUACCCAAGGCUUGAAUCUCGACGCUCUGUCCCUUCAGUCUAUAAUUUUAUUUUUUUUGGAUUUGAAAAAUUAUUUCUUUUCCGAAGGAUUCGUCAAACAGGGCUGCGCUUAAGGACGAGAAAGGCUUCAACGCCAUGGCGGCUCCAGACACCCGAGACCGCCUUAACGCGUUCCUAGAGCGGUUCGAGACGUUUGUUCGGGUCGACUUCAGCUGCAAGCAGCUGGACGACGAGAACCCGCACCAGUUUGCGGACACGAUUCGGCAGCAGACUCAAGCACUGUGCGAGACGAUCGUUUCGAAGGCCGGCGGGACCGCAGAGGUCUGGCUUUGGCCGACUUUGCUCACCACGUGCGAGGCCGACGCGUCGAUUUCACGGCAGGCGGGCCAGGACCGGGGCACCUAUCUGCUCGGAAUUCGGGGAGACCUUGAGCGCGACAGCGUGGAGGGCUUGCUGCACUCGUGGCGCGCAGACGUCCGUAUGAGCACCGUGUUCGUAGACUACCUUCCAGCGCCUUGUCUGUCGACCCACCUUGUUGCGAAGGAGGACCUGGGUCUCCUGGCCGUAGACAUUUGGAUGUGUCCGCAGCUGCUCGAUGGACAGAUCAUGAUCCUCAGCGCAUCUCACAACGCACGCGAGGACACUGGCAUUGCACAUGCCGUUACUGGGAAGCCAGCACCCGUGAGAGCUGGGAGCUCAGCCGCCGAGGCCGCUGCUCGCCGCUCCCCCUCUCCGGGCACGAAGAAGCUGACCCCCGCCGCUGCGAUAUUGAACCGCCUGAAGUGGGAUCACGCUUUCGACAGCACCGAUUACGUAGUUGUUUACGAAGACCGUCACGAAGGGCUGAUGGAAAGUCCCGUCGACUCGUGGACGACGGAGAGCACGGAAGAGACCUUUGUCCCGAUGCACCGGAUCAGGUCAAUAAAGAGAAAAUCCACCGGCAUGAUCGUCUGGCAUCGCGAAGAGAGGAUCGAUCUGAUCAGCAGUAGGGUGCAGUAGAUUAGGGUUAUCGACUGUAAAUAUGCAUAAAACAAACUUACGUUGAUCUACAACAAAAAGC